GACUGAGGGCUAGGGGUCUGUAGAAGGUAAAGAGUUGUUUUUAUUAGUGACAGUAUUCAUCUUAAUGUGGAACAAAUCUUUUAGCACUCUUUCUUUACCCAGAGGUAACUAUAAUUUUUGUUGUCAUCCCCACUGUAACAUCUCAAAGGGUAAUUGUCCAGCUGUUGUUAAAGCUGCAACUCCCACUGUCCCCUCCACAAGGAAGUAACGAGAGCCUGGGAGUUGUAGCCCAACAACAGAGUUGCUGUAACUGACUGCAGUACAUGUUCCACUCUGUGAGCAGUAGGUGGCGCCCAAGCCCCGCGUACGUAUUGGUCGCCUAGCAACGUGUGAAGCUAGGAAAUACCUUCAUCAAAACAACAGCAAGGCCUGGGAGAGAAGAGAGCGGAGGGAGCCUGAGAGAAGACCUGCUCUGCCAUUUGAGGAGAUGGACAUUACAAAGGGGAGCCUGGAUAUGAUAGCAAGACCUGCUUCUUCCUCCAGAUCCCGUCCGGGUAGUCGGGUUUCCACUUCCUUGUCAACAGAGAGGCUAAAGCGGAGUUCAACUUCCCUGUCUUUGGAAGUAUUGACCCCUGAACCUGGGUUUUCAGAGAUGCAAUGUUUGGGACUUGAUACCCAUGAAACACAAUUGGAAGCUAGAAGAAAAACUCCUAUAAGACAUCAGGAACGGCUCCCUGAACAGAAACAUUUACCAAAAAACUCUACAGAAAGCUAUGAAGAAUGUAUAAGAGACGAGAUGGAUUUUGAGCCACCAUUCCCAACCAAGGAAACAGAUCACCUUUUUGAUGAGGCUGAAGAUGAUUUCUUAGACUUCCCGUCUGCUGAGUUUGAAGACACUGGAGAAAAUGAUGACGAGGUUCCAAACGAUGAACAUGAUUUUGUUAAUGAUAAAGCCACUGACCCUAAGCUGGAAAGAGCCAUAAAAAGGAUGCAGGCUUUGGAUAACAUCUUACAGAGAAAGUUGGCCAAGGAGAAGGAGGUGAAAGCUCAAGGCCUCGAGAUCCACAUAAAGCUGUGGGAAGAACUCCAGCGUGCAACAACGCAGUCAUCUGCACGGAGCCAUGAAGAAAGCAUAAACACAAGCAAGUUCCUGGCCUUAACCCCACAACUGGAUGAAACGGAAGACACAGUCAACAUGCAGAUGGGUAAGAUAUUUUCCCCUGUGUUUCCUACUCAGCUGCCCAAUGAAGACCCUGCAGAGGAUGAUGACCAUGAAACUCUCAAAGAUGACAUGUCCGGGGACUCAAGUCACAGAUCAGAUUGUAGAACAAGGCAAAGCAAAGGCCAAAUGAAAGGAGUUGACUUUAUUCAAAGGAAUAUUGAGUUGGCAAAGGAUGCCGGGUCCUAUAUUCUUCUGAUGGAUGAUGAGAAGUUACGAUUGGAGCAGCUACUGGAAGAUAUUCAGGAAGACUGCAGUGAUGAAGAUAUUACCGGAGAUAUGUCCAGCUGGAUAGUUCCAGGAGAAGGCUAUACUCCAGAACCUGAUGAAUAUGACCAACUGGCAGAAAUUGAGGCACGGUUGCAGAGGGUCAGAGGCAAUGAGGAGUCUCUUGAAACUAGUCUCAGUGACCCCAAAAUUCCCAAAGAGAUUUUUCAGGAAGUCUUACUUGAGAAAAAUGGAAAUUCCCAUUCCGCACCUGGCGAGCUGGUUUUACGUUACACAAAGGAGCUGAGAGAGCAGAAAAUGCGUCUCCGAGAGAUCGACCAGCAGCUCCAAGAUAUGGGGAGAAACAGCAUAACUCCAACGAGCCUUUUAUCACACUGCAGCUUAUCAACUGACUCACCUGUAUACGCAUAGGCUUUAUGUAUGAAAUAUAGGAAUGUGCAGUGACUACUUAGCUCUGGCUGCUAAUAAUCAGCAGUGCUCUCUGGCAGUAAGUGUGUUUCUGCCCUGGUGGGGUAAGCCUCUGGCACUUUUAAGUAAAAUCACAUUAUGCUUCUAGGAAUAGAAGAGAGCCCUGAAGGUUAGGGAAUAGCAGUGUUAUAGUGGAUGGCUUGGAACCAUUUUUAUUCAUUUCCAGUAUUUGCCUUGUCUUCACUCUAGGCUUGUAGAAUAAUGGUUGACUGGCAGGACAGCAGCAGAGAUUCCUCCCAAAUAUUCUCUAUAACACAAUACCAUGUAUUAAUUGCCUCCUGAUAACACUGACCCUAUUGUGUUUUAGUGUGAUAGGGACCUUUGAUUUUAAACUCCACUUCACUUAGGGAGUGACUGAUGUGUAUGAUGUAUAAUGUCAGUAUAGCACUACAUAAAUGUGUUGGUGUUAUAUAAACAGAUAUGGGAUUUGUUAUCUGGAACCCAUUAUCCAGAAGGUUCCAGUUACAGGUAGGCUAUCUCCCAUAGACUCCAUUUUAAGCAAAUAAUUCCAAUCUUUUCUGUAAUAAUAACACAGUAAUGUGUGCUUGAUCCUAACUAAGAAAUAAUAAACCCUUAUUGGUGGCAAAA